AUGGAUCGAUUGCCUCCCGAACUGCAUGUAAAAAUUGGCCGAUAUCUCUGGAUCGAUGAGUUAUACCAGCUGGUUCUCGUCUCGAAAUUCUGCUAUUCCACUUUCACCCCGGAGCUUUACCGCGAGUUUCAACUUCAAGGAGUAUACCGGCUGUGGGAACCCGAUUUCCACAUGGACGAGGAUGGCCCUCCUGCCCGAUGCCUCCCUUAUGCCAUCAUUGAAAACCCAGAUCUUGCUGGUUUCGUUCGGUCGCUACAGUUGGUCCCAUUCAUAUAUCCGGGUUCUCCAAAGAUUGAGCUGUCUAGAGUUCUUCAGGAAACAGGACGGGGAGACUUCUUGCACUCUCAUCCGCUGACCAGACAGAUGAUCCUGCGUUGGCAUAAUGAACUUGAAUCCGACCCAAAACUCGAUUCCUGCCAGUCCCUGAGGAAUCCCUGGUUCGCUCUGCUAUUGCUUCAGCUGAAGUAUCUGCAAGAUCUUUAUGUUUUCUUGCCAUGCGAUGAGCACGGGCAUGGCCAAAAAGGCCCCGCUCCCACGCCACAUUUUGACGAAGUCAUCUCCUGGGCAGCAAACCCUGAAUCAGGGAUCCUCACCCGCUUGACACAUCUCACACUUGAAGAAUCUCAAGCACGUUUUGACUAUAAACCGCCAGGUAUAUCCGUGAUCCGCCUGAUUCCAUUUCUCGAAAUCUCUUCCUUAAGACAUAUUCGUGUUACGCGGAUUGCCGAUCAAAACGAACAAGCUCUCCCUCGCAAGUUCAACAGCAAAGUAACCCAUCUUGACGUCAAACAGUGCGAUAAAACCUUCACUCAAUUACCGCAGCUGCUCAUGGGGUGUUCAGAGCUCGAAUCCUUCACAUGGACGCUUGAGGAGUCAACACACCACCUAUUCAGGCGUCCGCACCGCCCUGGCUUUCACUGGGAACCCAACCGCGCAUAUGAUGCCAUUUACCAACUCCGCUCCACGCUGCGACACCUUAGUAUAAAAUCUCACGUAUGCCGUGGCGACCUCUACCUUCAUCACGAUGUGGAGUAUCCCCAGCCAGCAUACUUCGGGUCCUUAUGUGACUUUCCUGUCCUAGAAACCCUACAAAUGCGGAUGGUUAAUCUACUGCCUUUUCAACCCGGCACUCGUGUCCCGACUUCUCCUCUGUGGAAAAUUCUCCCAAGUUCGCUGCGGUUCCUCUCCAUAGACGGUUGCCUUAUGCAGACAUCUAAUAUGCUGUGCGAUGAGCUGGAGGACUUGGCAGCACAUUGCCAGACACAUCUCCCUCAGCUAGAAAAGGUGCACAUUGCGUAUUCCCAUUAUGAGAAGAUAAAUGGGCAACAAUGUCUAGCCUGUGAAGGCCCGGGUUCUGUCAUGUCGUACAAAAAAGUUAAGGCAGACCCGGCGAUCGUUGCGCGGCUUCGGGCAUUGGGAGUCAAAUUUAAUAAGCAAGGGGUAAGGCUCCGCCCCUUCGGUAAGUUCAAGGACGGGAAAUAUGUCGAUGAUGCUAACCGGUGGUGGUACUAA